AUGGUUCGCUGCUGCGUCAGCAGUCGAUUGUUCUUUGCGAUUGGAGAUAAUAAAACCAUCAUAAAUUUCUUUGCAACUGAAAAGAAGAUUGCUGGAAUGGCGGGUGCAGGAGGUGUUAAUAUGGAGAAAUUUGAGGAGUAUUUCCAGAGGGCGGAUAUGGAUCGGGACGGAAAGAUCAGUGGAGUUGAAGCUGUGGCUUUCUUGCAGGGAUCCAAUUUGUCGAGACAAGUUCUUGCCCAGAUAUGGGCGCAUGCUGACCAGAAUCACACUGGAUUCCUCAGUCGCUCUGAGUUUUAUAAUGCUCUUAGGCUUGUUACAGUGGCUCAAAGCAAGCGAGAAUUGACAUCAGAUAUUGUCAAAGCAGCACUAUACGGCCCUGCUUCUGCUAAAAUCCCACCUCCACAAAUAAACAUGGCCACCACACUUGUGCCACAGCCAAAUCCAGUGGCUGCUUCGCCUUUACCACAGAUGGGUGCGACAAUACAAUCAUCUCCUCAAAAUUCUGGGUUCAGAGGGUUAGCUCCUCCAACUCCUAGUGCAAACCCGCAGUUUGGGGCCUUGCAACCAAAUACCGGCAUGACCCAACAGUUGAGACCCAUGCAUUACUCUGCAGGCACGAAUCAGCUGCGUGGACCCCCACCUUCAAGCUCGGGCGUGAAUCAGCAGUACCCACAAUUACAACCUACAGUUACUAUCAAUCAGCAUUCCCCACAAUUUCAACCUGCAAGUACAAUGAACCAGCAGUUUGGUCAGGUCCAACCUACGAGUACAAGUAUGAACCGGCCGUUUGGACAGUCACAACCUCUGAACACAGGAACGAACCAGCAGCUUGGACAGGUGUCUCCAAGUGCAAAUAUAAACCAGAACUUUUUCCCCACUCAAGGUAACCAGAUAAGACCACCCCUGUCAAUGUCUAUAACUGCUUCACAUCCACCUCAGGCAGCGAGCAGUCCAAAUGUUUCUGGAGUCAUGGCUGGUCCCGGUCUUUCAAACUCAAAUAGAGAUUCGCUUGGUGGAAGUAGUGGCCCUGCUUCCUCUGGACCAACAACACAAAACAACUUAAUUAGAGGGCUCAGUCCCUCGAUUUCAACUGUUGCUCCAAGUCCCGUAGAUCUAUUUUCAACAGUUUCUGCCACCACGGCUAAGGAUCUUAAAGGAUCGGUUGCUUCAGGAAAUGUGUCUACUCCAGAUUUGUUUUCUGGCAACCAGUCCUCAUCUUGGAAAGUUUCUUCUGCUCCACAACAACCUGGGAUUAAUCCACCUUCUUCUACAGCCGUUGUUCCUGUCACUUCAAGUUCCCAGCUGCCUGCUAAGCCUGAUCCAUUUGAAGCUUUGAGAAGUACUCUUAUAAAACCAUCUACUGCAACCCAAACUGCACAGACACAGUCUCUCCCGAAAUCUAAUCAGCAGGCUUCAACUCAAGUGACUUCCUCAGUCUUGUCUCCUGGGGUCCAAGCUGGGUUAGGGAAUUCCACCACUGAGCAGCCUCAAGCUCCAUGGCCAAAAAUGACACGUGCUGGCAUUCAAAAAUAUGCAAAAGUUUUUAUGGAAGUAGACACUGAUAGAGAUGGGAAAAUCACUGGUGAUCAAGCCCGCAACCUAUUUUUAAGUUGGAGGCUUCCAAGAGAGGUCUUAAAGCAGGUUUGGGAUUUAUCUGAUCAAGAUAGUGAUAGCAUGCUUUCUCUGAGGGAGUUUUGCGUUGCUCUCUAUUUAAUGGAGCAGUACAGAGAAGGACGCCAACUUCCAUCUGCCCUUCCCAAUAGCGUCAUGCUCGAUGAAACUUUAUUGUCUUUGGCAGGACCACCUACAGCUUAUGGAAGUGCAGGGUGGGGCUCGGCCACUGGUAUAAGACCGCAACAAGGCUUCCAUGGUUCCCAACCCGUAACGCCAGCUGGUUUAAGGCCUCCAAUGCAGCCUAUAACUUCUCAAUAUGAUGGAUCCAUUCAAUUGAAUCAGAAAAGCGCUGGGGGUCCUACAGUAGAUAAUUCCCAUGCUAAUCAGCUCAGUAAUGGGGAUGCAAAAUCUUUGGAUGCUCAGGAGCUGGGGGAUGCUGAAACAAAUGAAUUGGUAUUGCCUGCCAUUAAAUCUUUACUUUUCUGUUUCACUGUUGAUAACAAGGAGAAGUUGAUUUUGGAUUCCAGAGAAAAGCUUGAAUUUUAUCGAACAAAAAUGCAGGACCUUGUCUUGUAUAAAAGUAGAUGUGAUAAUCGACUCAAUGAAAUUACUGAAAGGGCUAGAGCUGACAAAAAUGAGGCCGAGUUACUGGAAAAGAAAUACCAGGAGAAAUAUAAGCAAGUUGCUGAAAUUCAUUCUAAGUUAACUAUUGAAGAAGCUGCCUUUCGUGAAAUCCAGUUAACUGUGUUUUACCAAAAAACAUCGACUAGCUUGAGAAAUCACAGGAAACAUGUAUUCGUCCUCCAUCCCAACCACUGCCUGCCAUUGGAUACCUCUGAACCUGCCUUCAUUCGGCGCCUUAUUUUUGAGUUCCUAUUGGACCCAUCCACCUUCAAACCACCAUUUGUAACAUUUCCAGAUGAAAUGCUGUAUUAUUCUGAGCCAAACAGCCAUCUUUUGCCUACUUAUCUUUUCCUGUCUAAUAUUUAUGCCCCCAAGGCCACAGUUCCACUCCCAUAUUCCAGUGAAAUAUCUGUCCCUCUAGAGUUUACCAAAUGGCUAAUCAUCACAUUGAGCGUCAUAGAAUCAAGAGCUGCGAACAACAACUCCGCUAGGAAGUCGGAGUUGCAACAAGCCAUUAUUAAAAUGGAACAAGGUGGAAGUGCUGAUGGUAUUCUUCAGGUCCGUGCUGAUCGUAUACAAUCAGAUCUAGAGGAACUAAUGAAGGCAUUGGCUGAUCGUGGCAAAAAACAUUCUGUAGAGAUCAAGUCAUCAGCAUUAAUUGAGCUUCCCCAAGGUUGGCAACCUGGAGUUCCAGAGGUAGCCGCAAUAUGGGAUGAAGACUGGGACAAGUUUGAGGAUGAAGGGUUUUCUUUUGAUGUUACUGUCCCUGAAAAUGCGAAGUCACCAUUGAAGCAGGGAGAAAAUUCAUCUCCAACUCACAGCUUUUCCCCGGGCUCGGUGUCAAAUGCUGCCACCUCAUCAGAAAAACCCUUUUCAAGUGCCUUUGAUGCAGAAUCAUUGUAUAGCGCAGAUGAAUCUAAGAGCCCGCAUGGAAGUCCUGGGAGGCUAACAACAAAGGAAAGUCCAUCUCAAGAAUACUCACAGAACCAUUUCAGGAAAAGCUCUGGUGAUGAUGCUGAAAAUCAUAGCAGAAGCUUUGAUGAGCCUAGUUGGGGCAAUUUUGACAACAAUGAUGAUGAUAUUGACUCAGUCUGGGGUUUCAAUACUAAGGACCCUAAUUCUGGGAAGCACGAUGAGAAAUACUUCUUUGGGUCUAAUGACUUUGGAGCCAGCCCAGAUAGAAAUAGCUCACCUCACUCUGACGGUGGAUUCCAGAAAAACAACCUGUUUAGCUUUGAAGAUUCUGUUGCUGGGAGCCCUCGUUCACGAGCUGGCAAUUCUCCAAGAUACAGUGUUGAGUCGAGAGAUCCAUUUUUCGACAGCUUUUCUAGAUAUGAUUCAUUUAGCACGCAUGAUCGUGUUUCUUCCCCUCGUCAGGAAAACUUUAGUAGGUUUGACUCCAUGAGCAGCACACAGGGCUUUGACCACAGGAGCAACUAUUCUUUUGAUGACAAUGACCCGUUUGGUUCAAGUGGCCCUUUUAAGGUCUCAUCUGAAACAUCACCGAGGGAAAAGUUUUGAGAAGAUAUAUGCUUCUUGGCCGGUAGCAGAUAUAAAUAUGUUUGUCUGUGUGCUGUUUGAAAAUUUUUUGUCGAUUGUGGGAAGUCGGUUUAGUGAAGCUUGAUCAUUAUGAGAUGAAUGCUGUUUUGUGGUGGACUCCAGAACAGAAGGGUCAAAGGAAGAUGAGCCAGAUCUAUAUUGGAGAGCGAUCCGCCGUAAAUUUACCACUGAAGAAUCUGGAGGAAGUAACUACAUUUUAUGGGGCUUUAGAGAAUUUGGUAUAGUUAUUUCGUAUUUUUUUUUCUUGAGUUGUUUUCUUAUUAUAUUAUUCAAUUUUUUUUUCACUUCUUCAUAUUUUUGUUUUUUCUGGGUUGUGUGGGGUUGGAUGGUGUGUGAAAUGUUGCUGAAAUUAUACCCCAGUGAGCGGGCUGUCAUUGACGGCGAACGCGAAACAUGUAUUUAUUUGCUUUCAAUAUUUGAUGAUAUUUGUAUUGCGUGUCAUUGAUGGACAAUGUCCCUUACAUGGUUGUAUUCCGAGUAGCUGAGUAUCGUUUGGAAUUUUGGAAGUUAUGUAGAUGGCAAUGUUGGUAUCACGCUGAUUGAGUUAAGACUAUAUCUAUCUAUAUAUAA